CAUUAUAAAUUUUUUUUUUCAAAAAAUGAAAAACCGGCCCAGACGCGGUCUUGUGAUUAAAGUAAGAUGGGCAUCAUUGCCCCCAUUUUCACGAACCACUAUCAUUACCAAUCCUAAUUAACUUUACGCAAAAGCAAUUAACGAACUCACACUGCGACACGUGGUUCAGAUCACACCGUUCACCGAGAAGCAGACGCUAACAGAUGCAUCCCGCGACCCCACGUCGCCAUGUCAUCAUUCCUCGUCCAACUCGCAAACGACGUCGUUGUAGUUUCUACUGCAGACUCCACAAAACAGUUCGUUCGGGAGAAAAGGUGCGCGGUAUAGACAACUAAGACAAGUGCACCAGAUUUAUUCCCGGCCAAAUCCAUGCUGGACACGUGGCGAACUGUGUUUGGACCGUCACGAAUCGACAGGUGCAUGACAAGUUGAGGAUACCUUCCGGACUCCCACUUUUCUCCCUAGACACAAACACCCUGAAAAGAAAAAGAAGAUAAGCUCGAACCCAGAGGAUGUGAACUCUGACCUCAUUCUGUGCAGUCCCUUUGAGUAAUUUCACAUAUAUUCCCGAGAAGAAAGCAAUAAAGUCUCUUCUGGCACAUUCCUCCCCCUUCACCAAACGCCCCCAGAAGAACGAGAGAGGGAAAGAGAGAGUAAAGAGAGAUGGCGAUCUCCGACGCGGUGGCGUCGAACUUGACGACGCUGUACUUGGCGGUGAUAGCGGCGAUGAAAGCAUACGGGCUUGUGACCGGCCGGAGCUUCUCCAGCGGGCUUGUUCUGGUGCUGUCCACGGUGGUGGUGGGGUUGAUCUUGGUCGGGACUCUGGCUUGGGACGUGUCCCGCAAGGCCGCGCACGCUCUGUCCCGCGAUCCCGCGAGCGAGGCGUGCCGGGGAGGCAUCUGCUGGCACGGCGUUGCCGUCCGGUCGCCGGCAUCGCAGGUACGCUUCAGACUACCACAGCAACAGCAGCAGCAACAACAACAACCACCGCAAGCCCUUCUGAUGACAGUUUCCAAAGGAUGGAUCAAUUUUUCCACGAGAGAGGAAAUUGAACAGCGCGUUGCCGUUCGCCGUGUUGCGGGCGGAACACGACAAUAGGAUGAAUAUUUUACCGCUGAAAGACUUCACAGUUCACAGCAGUUCUCCAUUUUCCUUUUUUCCUUUUUCUUGGUAGUGGUUAGAAGGCAACGAUCUUGGAUUUUUUUGUUUAAAGUUAUUUUUUGUUUUUUUAAUAUUAAAUAUGAAUUUAAAAUAUUGUUUUAAUAUGAUUAAAAAUUUGAAAAGAUAAAUGUUAAUAAAGUGUAAAACCAAACUUGCUUCA